ACGUACGUACGUAAACGCGUCGAUACGACCGUCGCGUCCUCAGGAUAGGAGGAAGGUCAUGUGGAAAUCUGUCCUCGUCGGCCAUUUAAGAGGUCCUCUGGGAACAUAACUCCUAUCAAAGUCUCCUUAAACCACAUUCAUCAUGUAUGGCCAAGAUGAUGAACCGUAUGAAGAGGAUGAUUCGGAUGAGAUCACGCAGGAUCUCUGGCAAGAAGCCUGCUGGAUUGUCAUCAGCUCCUACUUCGAUGAGAAGGGUCUGGUCCGACAACAGCUCGACUCGUUUGAUGAGUUCAUCCAGAUGUCUGUCCAGCGAAUCGUGGAGGAUGCCCCAGCCGUUGACCUACAGGCAGAGGCUCAACACACAUCCACAGAGAUGGAGAUUCCUACGCGUUACUUGUUGAAGUUUGAGCAGAUCUAUCUCUCCAAGCCCACACAUUGGGAGAAGGAUGGCUCACCAAGUCCAAUGAUGCCCAAUGAAGCUCGACUCCGUAAUCUCACUUACUCAGCCCCACUGUAUGUAGACAUCAUGAAGACAGUGAUCCAAGAUGGUGAAGAGACAUCAGAGACUCAGCAUCUUAAGACAUUCAUUGGCAAGAUUCCCAUCAUGCUUCGCUCCACGUAUUGCUUGCUUAGCGGCCUGACUGAUCGUGAUCUUACAGAGUUGAAUGAGUGUCCCUUGGAUCCUGGUGGCUACUUCAUCAUCAAUGGCUCAGAGAAGGUGCUGAUUGCUCAAGAGAAGAUGGCGACUAACUCGGUCUACGUCUUCUGCAAGAAAGACACAAAGUAUGCCUUCACUGCUGAGUGUCGGUCCUGCUUGGAGAACUCCUCUCGUCCUACUAGUACUAUCUGGGUGCAUCUUAUGGCCAAAGGAGGGCAGGGCUCCAGGAAGAGUGCCAUUGGUCAGCGCAUUGCAGCCAUUUUGCCCUAUAUUCGCCUGGAGAUUCCCAUCAUGAUUGUCUUCAGAGCCCUAGGGUUUGUCGCCGACAGGGACAUCCUAGAACACAUCAUCUAUGACUUUGACGAUCCUGAGAUGAUGGAGAUAGUGAAACCUUCCUUGGAUGAGGCGUUUGUCAUCCAGGAACAGAGUGUCGCAUUGAAUUUCAUUGGUGCUCGUGGAGCAAAGCCAGGUGUCACCAAGGAGAAGAGAAUCAAAUAUGCACGGGAGAUCCUACAGAAAGAGAUGUUGCCACAUGUAGGCGUCAGUGAUUUCUGUGAAACAAAGAAGGCUUACUUCCUUGGGUACUGUGUUCACAGACUUCUCCUUGCGGCGUUGGGUCGCAGAGAAGUGGAUGAUCGUGAUCACUAUGGCAACAAACGGUUGGAUCUAGCUGGACCCUUACUGGCCUUCCUCUUCAGAAACCUCUUCAAGAAUCUGUUGAAGGAGGUUCGGAUGUACGCUCAGAAGUUCAUCGAUAAGGGCAAGGAUUUCAGUAUGGAGUUAGCCAUCAAGACCAGAAUCAUCUCUGAUGGCUUAAAGUAUUCACUAGCCACAGGGAACUGGGGUGACCAGAAGAAAGCUCAUGCUGCCAGGGCUGGGGUCUCUCAGGUAUUGAACAGACUGACAUUCGUGUCCACGUUGUCCCAUCUUCGUAGACUCAACUCCCCUGUGGGCAGGGACGGCAAACUGGCCAGACCUCGUCAGUUACACAACACACUGUGGGGCAUGAUCUGCCCCGCUGAAACACCAGAGGGUCACGCUGUGGGUCUUGUCAAGAAUCUUGCUCUGAUGGCAUACAUCUCAGUAGGUUCCCAACCUAGUCCCAUCCUGGAGUUUCUUGAGGAAUGGAGUAUGGAGAACCUGGAAGAGAUUGCCCCAUCAGCCAUCAACGAAGCGACCAAGAUCUUUGUGAAUGGCUGCUGGGUAGGCAUUCAUCGUGAGCCUGAGCAGCUCAUGAACACCUUACGCAAACUACGUCGUCAAAUGGACAUCAUCGUCUCCGAGGUGUCCAUGGUACGUGACAUUCGGGAGAGAGAGAUCCGAAUCUACACGGAUGCCGGCCGCAUCUGUCGGCCAUUGCUCAUCGUGGAGAACCAGAAACUUCUACUGAAGAGAAAACACAUUGACAUGUUGAAAGAACGGGAGUACAAUAACUACAGUUGGCAGGACCUUGUUGCCAGCGGUGUUGUAGAGUAUAUCGACACCAAUGAGGAAGAGACCAUCAUGUUGGCAAUGACCCCUGAUGACCUUCACGAGAAGGAUGUCAUGUACUGCUCUACAUACACCCACUGUGAGAUUCAUCCGUCCAUGAUCCUGGGUGUCUGUGCAUCCAUCAUUCCUUUUCCUGAUCACAACCAGUCACCCCGUAACACCUACCAGUCAGCUAUGGGUAAGCAAGCUAUGGGCGUCUACAUCACCAACUAUCACGUUCGCAUGGAUACCCUUGCCCACGUGCUGUACUACCCCCAGAAACCUCUGACCACCACACGGUCCAUGGAGUACCUCCGAUUCAGAGAGCUGCCUGCUGGUAUUAAUUCCAUCGUGGCUAUUGCCUCCUACACGGGCUACAACCAGGAAGAUUCUGUCAUCUUGAACUCAGGAGCUGUCGAUAGAGGCUUCUUCAGGUCAGUCUUCUACCGGUCAUACAAGGACUCAGAGUCCAAGAAGAUGGACCAGGAAGAGAUUUUUGAGAAGCCAAAUCGAGAAUUUUGCCGAGGGAUGCGAACAGCGGUCUAUGAAAAGUUGGAGGACGAUGGCAUCAUUCCUCCUGGCACUCGUGUGUCUGGAGAUGAUGUCCUCAUCGGCAAAACAAUAACAGAACCUGAGGAUGAUGAUGAGCUGGAGGGUACCAGUCGACGGUAUACCAAGCGAGACUGUAGCACAUUCAUGCGACGCUCAGAGACUGGUAUCAUUGAUCAGGUCAUGAUUAGCAUCAACCAGGAAGGCUACAAGUUUUGUAAGAUCAAGGUUCGGUCGGUGCGUAUUCCCCAGAUCGGCGACAAGUUUGCCAGCAGACAUGGGCAGAAGGGUACUUGUGGAAUGAAGUACAGACCAGAGGACAUGCCAUUUACCUGUGAGGGCAUCAAUCCAGACAUCAUCAUCAACCCUCACGCCAUCCCUAGCCGUAUGACCAUCGGUCACUUGAUUGAAUGCCUCCAGGGUAAAGUAUCGGCCAACAAGGGGGAGAUUGGUGAUGCAACGCCGUUCAACGACUCAGUCAACGUACAGAAGAUCUCGGAUCUGCUGCAUGAGUAUGGAUACCAUCAGAGAGGCAAUGAGGUGCUUUAUUGUGGUUUCACUGGCCGCAAGAUUGGUGUUCAGGUAUUCCUGGGUCCAACCUACUACCAACGUCUCAAGCAUAUGGUAGAUGACAAGAUUCACUCCAGAGCUCGUGGACCUGUGCAGAUCUUGAACAGACAGCCCAUGGAGGGCAGAUCGCGUGAUGGUGGUCUUCGCUUCGGCGAGAUGGAACGUGAUUGUCAGAUCUCUCACGGCUCAGCCCAGUUCCUGAGGGAGAGACUGUUCGAGGUAUCUGAUCCUUAUCGAGUUCAUGUCUGCAACCUGUGUGGACUCAUUGCUAUUGCAAACUUGAGGAACAACACGUUUGAGUGCCGUGGCUGCAAGAAUAAAACUCAGAUAUCUCAGAUUCGUUUGCCCUAUGCCUGCAAGCUCCUCUUCCAGGAGUUGAUGGCCAUGAGCAUUGCACCACGGAUGAUGGUCAUGCCGGAGGGAAAAGCCUGAGGAAGAUUUCUAUGGAAAGUGGAAAUCCUAUGGGAACGAUGCCAAUAGAACAUCAGCUUUUCCCAAUUUGGCCAAGUUUAUGGAACAGACACGGAAGUUUUCUUCAUCAGCUGUGAUCUUGACAGUUCAAUAACCAAGAUCUUGAGCAACCUUUGGUUUUGCUUGACCACCUUGUUGGUUGCUAGUGUGGAAGAGUGACUGAUGAAGAAUUUCCAACUCAAAGACUUCAGAAAGGAAGUAGUGAGAACUCCAGCAUAGUGUGACAAACUGAUUGAUGCAAAUGUUGUAGAAAUGUACCCCUCAAAACGUGGGUCACUCUUGGCAAAUGUCGAUAAUAAUUAACACAUUUGUUUUCACAUUUUUAGUGAAGCACAUAAUCUGUCACACUAAACAUAAAAUAUUUGCCAACAAUCCACAUUAACUUUAACAAGGCAAAAGAGUGAUUACAGUGCCAAGGAUUUGUUUUAAUAAUUCCAAUGUCCAGAACAGGUGUUUAAAUGGUACCAAAUGGUACCUAAAAGUGAUACAUGUAUUGUGAAAAGGAUUAUGGACGGAUGGUGUAUUAUUGCUAACAGUUUGCAUCCACUUCAGAAACACAAUUACACUUGCAUAGCAUACAGAGUUCAGGCCCAACAAAAUAAUAGUUGUGCUUCCUAUUACAUGGGAAAAAAAUAGGUUGGGUAUUAAAGUGGGUAGUAUCUUUGUUUUUCUUCUAAAGUUUUUGGGUCAAAAAUUUUAGGGUGGCAAUUUUUUUUCGUUUUUAAUUACAAAGUGAUUUUGAUGGGCUGCGGUGUAUUCCACACUGUUUACACACAAGACUUGUGCUUCAAGCCGCACGGAUAUGUAUCACUUUACGCACAUACUGUACAUGUGCGUGCACGGUUGAGUAGCGUGUGUUAUGUGUAUGGAACUCUCCACUACUGUUCAGUGUCCGAACGAGGAUGUGCAAAGUUGACCUGGCUGUCGCGUCGAAAGAAAAAGAAAAAUUGGUGCUUAAUGAGGAAAAUCCGGCCUGUCGAUGGCAAAACAGUGGAAAAUAAAUUUUGGCAUGCUCAACAAAAAAGUGGAGAUUAUAAGCAUGAGGGUUGGCAAUAGUAGUUUUUAUUUUUAUUUGUUUUUUCAAUAACAAGAUUUGGGGGUCGGCAGAAUUUGUUAGGUUGGGGUGAGUAACUGGAAGCAAAACUAUUAUUUUGUUUGGCCUCGUCAUGUUAUUUUGUAAUAAAAACACAUUGGAAAGGAAAUGCUGUUUAAAAUUGCUAAACCUUUAUAAAGUUUCCUGCCUAUCAAAGAAAGACCUUGGAGAAUUCAUUUAAGUUCAUUGGAAGCUUUUGCCAUGUUAUCAAGUGUAGGCAUACGCUGUUGUGAAAGUAAUUUUGUUUUGAACACACAUGCAUUCGCCUUGGUUUUUGACAGAAAAAGUGUCAUGGAAGCAAGUUGAACAAACAACUUUCCUUUCCUGACAGGAUUCUGUACAUAAAAGCUGAAGUACACCCUGUAAAUAUUACAUUACUGAACAAUUUUUUGAAUAAACUAUCAGCUUUGCUGCUGGUUAAUUAAGAGUA